UAUCAUCAUCUUUGUCAGACGUCGUCCAACGAGACGGUCAGAUCUCACGUACGCCAAUGUCUCAAACGAAAUAUCGCGAGUCAUCUGGCAUCAAUCUCAGCACUACUGUCCGGUUCUAUUCCGGCCAGAAUGAACUUGGAACUGAGAAUAUAAAGUGACUCGCCAGGUUGUUGGCGCCUGUAGGUCCAGGUGAGUCAUUUUCACGUUUUCACGCAGACGUCCCCCGCACACACAUCGCAGCGACAGAAAGUCAUCUGGUUCUGGUUCAAAAUCGUGGGCUACACAGCCAGUGUGCGGGAAACACACGCUGAACGUCUUGACUCUCCACAAUGCCUGCUCUCUCAACUGCGAUCGAGUACUCCUCGGACGCGCCAGAACCGAUCUCCUAUCCGCGGCUCGCAGAGCACCAUCUGCUCCCAUCACAAAAGCCGGACUACCUUAGACUGAUCCUCACUUCCAAGGUCUACGAGAUUGUGAAGGAGACGCCCCUAGUCUACAGCGCGAACCUCAGUGCGCGGUUCGGGAACCAGAUAUGGCUGAAGCGCGAGGACCUGCAGGAAGUGUUCAGCUUCAAGAUCCGGGGCGCGUACAACUUCAUGGCGAGCCUGACGGAGGAGGAGCGGUGGAAGGGAGUCAUCACAUGCAGCGCGGGUAAUCAUGCCCAGGGUGUUGCGCUCUCUGGAUCGAAGCUGGGGGUGCCUUGUACCAUUGUCAUGCCGAAGGGGACACCUUCCAUCAAGGUCCGUAACGUCUCUCGCCUCGGCGCGAAGGUUGUGCUGUUCGGAGACGACUUCGACGAGGCGAAGGCGGAGUGCGCUCGGCUCGCUUCCACGCAUGGCCUCAUCUUUGUCCCACCAUACGACGACCCCCUUGUCAUCGCCGGGCAGGGGACGAUCGGUGCCGAGAUACUCAAGCAGGUCCCAGACUCAGAAAGCCUCGAUGCUAUCUUCGCCGCUGUAGGCGGAGGCGGACUGGUCUCUGGCAUUGGUGCGUACGUGAAGCGCAUCGGCUCUCCCAACACGCAGAUCAUCGGCGCGGAGACGUACGACGGCGAUGCCAUGGACCGCAGUAUCAAACAGGGCUCGAGGGUCACUCUAGACGAAGUCGGUCCUUUCAGUGAUGGCACGGCCGUGAAGAUCGUCGGGGCUGAGCCGUUCAGACUCUGCCAGGAAGUGCUGGACAGUAUCGAGCUGGUCACCAAUGAUGAGCUUUGUGCGGCCAUCAAGGACAUCUUUGAAGAGACUCGAUCUAUCACUGAGCCCGCCGGCGCACUAGGCCUUGCCGCCCUGAAGGCAUACAUACUACGAAAUCAACUGAUCGGCGCCGGAAAGAAGUUCGUAGCCGUCGUCAGCGGCGCGAACAUGAACUUCGACCGCUACGAUUCGUCUCGGAACGCACUAUUGAGUGUCGAGAUUCCAGAGAAACCCGGGAGUUUCAUCGAGCUGCACGGCGUCAUCCACCCACGCGCAACGACCGAAUUCAUCUACCGCUAUAGCAACGCCGAGCGAGCACAGAUCUUCCUAUCCUUCAAGCUCGAGAGCCAGAAUCGCGCGAAGGAGGUGGCGGACGUCCUCAGCACCCUCGAGAAACAAGACAUGAAGGGCUUCGACAUCAGUGACGACGAGCUGGCCAAGACUCAUGCACGAUACAUGAUCGGUGGAUGCUCAAAUGUACCCAACGAACGACUCUUCCGCUUCGAGUUCCCUGAAAGGCCCGGAGCUCUUCGAAAAUUCCUGCUGGGCCUGCAUACGGGAUGGAACAUCUCGUUGUUCCAUUAUAGGAACCAUGGUGCAGAUCUCGGGAAGGUCCUGGCUGCCAUUCAAGUGCCUCCAGAAGACGCAGCUCCGUUCGACGACUUCCUCAAAAACCUGGGAUACCCAUAUGUCGAGGAGACAGGCAAUGAAGUGUAUAAAAGAUACCUUAGAGGAUAAAGCUCAAUAUUCGUGUAUCAUAGACGGUCGUCUGCUUCGCUGAACUCUGGCCCGCAUCACACCCUGUGAUGACAUCGCCUUGAAAGAGAUGUCUGGCUUGUCAUCGUGGGUGCGGCAAGUUCGCAAUGCUGUCGAUCGGGCCCUUGCCAGCGAACACACACUCCAAUACCUUAGUUGAUGGGGUUUGGAUUACUC